CGGCUGGCCAUGUUGGACGUUUUCAUUUCACUUCCUGCUCCAAUUGACUGGCGAUCCCAAUUAACCACUCGGAAGGGAGCGAUCAGCCAACGAGAACGCAGGGAAGCCACGUGAGUGUUGCGUAAAGAGCGGUGAUGGAGAGGCCAGAAGGAUCGCUACCGGCACCGCUGGGCUGCUAACCACCGGCACUGAGAAGCUUCGGUGCGGAGCGGCAUGGAGACCGUGGAGCAGCUCGUCUCCUUCCACCACAUCCAGGUCCAGCUGAACGGGGGCGCGCCUUGGGGGUUUACGCUGAAAGGAGGACUGGAGCACGGCGAGCCGCUCAUCAUCACUAAAAUCGAGGAUGGAGGGAAGGCUGCGCACUGCAAGAGGCUGAAGGUUGGAGAUGAGCUCAUCAACAUUAACGGCUCCGCCCUUUACGGCAGCCGACAGGAAGCCCUCAUCCUCAUCAAGGGGUCGUACAGGAUACUGAAGCUCACAGUGAGGAGACGCAGCGUUCCUCUCAUCAGGCCUCACUCCUGGCACUUGGCCAAGCUGUCGGAGCCGCUGCCUCCGCCCCCUCCUCCGUCUCCUCCGCUGCUGACCCCCCGCCUGCCCCUCGCCGACUCCCCACCGCUCCCCCCUCCUCCGCCUCCGUCUGCCAUGCAGCUCCACUCCGGCUCCUACACCCUACCCUGGCACACAACCGACAACAGUGACGUGUCCAUGCAGUGGUCUCAGUUGCCCAGACCGUACUCCUCCACUGACCGAAGCAGCUCCCUGGGAUCUAUGGAGAGCUUGGACACACCGACACCCACCACACAGCCAUAUUCCGACUCCCACAAUUCCCCCGUUGACCCUACCCUCUUCAACAACAAGCGGGACUCUGCCUACAGCUCUUUCUCUGCCAGUUCGAACACAUCUGAUUACGCUGCUGUGCCUCUAAGGCCCGGUGAGGCCUCUUCCAUGGAUAACCUCCUCCAGAGCCUCAGCCCAGCAUGUCAAGGUUACCCUGGUGAAGCUUCCACUCUAGGGAGGUCGCCUGGUGAGGCCCCAGAUGAGGCGCAUCUAAUUGUGCACAAGUCCAGAUCGUUGACCAGGCCAAAAACGAGGCCCACUGAGAUAAAAGGGCGGCCGUCAUCGUGCUGCUAUGAACACAACCAGAGGGAAGGGGGUUUGGACAUUGUUAGAAAUGGAGAAUCUCAAGUGGAGAGAAAGAACAACCCCCCUCAACCUCCAACUAGAAAGGACAGCUUUAGGGCCACCCGGAGUCGUACUAAUGACGGCAACAAACAUUGCAUAUCAUCUGCAGUUGAAAACAGUACUUGUUGUAAAGAAAACCUGCCCUGUCUGAAUGUCGAUUCUGGAAUUCAAAAUGGUUUCUCUGCACCAGAAGAGGGUGACCAAACUGAGAAUGUAAAAACAGAUUCAACACACUCACACUUUAGUCAAAGACAAAUUGAUGAAUUUAGACAUAUUAAAGGUGAUGGCAGCUCUGAAAAUGACUCUAAGUCCGAGGCGCACUCGGAGCACUUCUCUGACUCGGUUCCAACCUCAAAAGUUCCCAUCACCCCAUUUGCUUCUGCUUCCUUACCCUCUGAAUCCUCCACAGAGAUUCAAGGGCAGUCCCAUGUUGACCACUGUCAGACCAAUCACUCCUCAGCAGGCCUUCACCGGCACAGUGCACCCGAGAAGCUGCUCGCCUCUCAGCUCCAGCUACUGCAGUUCAAUAGCAAUGACUCUUCUCUGGAGGUUUUCAACCCAUCAAACCCAUCUGAUCACUCUGUAUCGGCCUGCAGCAGCCAGUGGUCCCAUGCUUCAUCACUUCAGCACACAACGGAAGACUCAACCUUUCCCACAUUACAUAAGAUGGAAGGUAGUCGAUGCUCGACUCCAGGAUCUGUCUUCCUGGAGGGAGAAGUUGAGGAUAGUGCGUCAGUUGAGAGGCUAGAAGCUGUGGGUGUAAAUGGGAGGUCUCUGUCACCAGUUCAUCAUCAUACACCUUGGGGACGUUCUGUAAGCGUACCAGGUGAACCCACUGGAUCAUCAACCCGGGAACAACUGAACUCUGAUCACAUGGCAGAGAGUGAUUUUCAGCCACUCAGUGCAGCUGCCAGUGUGGAUACUUUGCUGGACGAGCAAAUGCUUGUAGAAAAGCGGAUGACGGGGGAUAAGAAUGAGGAAGUGGCAGAAAGAGAGGAAAACACAAAGAAGUCAAACUCAUCCAAAAACUUUCGGCGGAACCGUCGACGCAGUGAACGAUUUGCCACCAACCUCCGCAACGAAAUCCAGAGGAAAAAGGCGCAACUUCAGCGGGGUCAUGGUCCAGGAGGGCUGCUGUGCAGCAGAGAAACUGUCCAGGAAGAGGAAUGUUCAGACCUUUGUGAAGAUGGACCAGACCCAAACAGGCCUAUUCAGAAGAAAUCUGUCAAAGUUGCCUUUGUCACACCAGGAGUCCCUGAAGAUUCCCAAAACUCUUCACAGGUCAAGACAUCAAAAACCUUAAGAGAGCCAGACUGUGGCAUCUCCCAGACUCAGACCACAUCCUUCCCCCAGGGCAAUAAUCGAUCCAGGUCUGUUCAGAUUCUGGAUCCAGGGGUCUCCAGCUUUGGUGUCGGCAUCAGAGUUGUUGAGGAACCAGCUCCUGCUGGCAAGGCUCGCCGCUGGCGAUGGACGCCUGAACACAAGCUCCAACUAGAACUAGAUGGAGAUCGACGGUGUGGAGUCUCGGGUGAAAAGGUAUUGGGUGUAACAGGGUCACGUCAUGGAGUUUGUGCCUUCACUUCCUCAUCAGGCUCCUCCCACAGUCGCUCCUCUUCAAGCUCUCGAUUAGAGGAGUCAGAUAUUCUUCCAUUUGCAGAUAGAAUGAAGUUUUUUGAGGAGACUUCCAAAGGCAUUCCUGUGUCAAAUACAUCAAAUAGGUCCAACAACAGGCAGAACCAACCAGACUGGCAUCAAGAGCAACAGACGGAAGAUCUAGGGCAAAAUUCUACCCAAAGGAGAUACUCCUACCAAGGAGCACAAGAAGAAAGUGUCCAUCCUCCAAAUAAUAUGGAACCUAGGCGGCAGCCUGUCAGUGCAAUUAGGGAGAGACAGAAAGAGAUUGAGAAAGAAAGGGAGGAAAGGUUGAGAGAGAUGGAGAGGCAGCAACAGCUAGAAAGACAGGAGAGAGAACUAGAAAUGGAACGGGCAAGACUGAGAGAGAUUCAGCGAGAAGAGAGGAUGAGGCAGAGAGAGAGGGAACGAGAGAGGGAACUGCAAAGAAAAAGAGAGGCUGAGAAGGAAAGAUUGGAACAUUUUCAACAUGUCCCACCUCAGGACUGUUACAGUCAUUCUGGCAUCAGAGAACAAGAGCGAGAAAUCCAGCUUAAGGACCAAUUCCACAACUGGCAGCCCAAACCUCAGACAUUUUCUCACUGUCAAAACCAAGUCCAGGGGUCAGCGUUUUAUCCCGUCAGCCAUCAUCUGCAGCCAGAGAAACAAGACUCUUUACAUCAGGGGUACAACGCAAAGAGCUACACACCCACAGAGACGUUUCACGCCCCGCAACAGGAAACGGUCAAACUCAACAGGAAGUACAGCCUGACGGAGAGAGACUACUCCACCUGGAGACGGGAGUCCAGGCAACCGCCAGCUGUUCACCAACAGCAGCAUCAUCUUCAUCAGGGGCACUCGGACUCCAGACGGCCUGCCAGUCGUGGUGACGAGCGAGAUGUCUACAACGCCGCGCCCCCGCCGGCACCCCUUUACCUUCGAGGACGAGCCAUGUCUGAAAACGACCUGCGCUUCGAGACCAGCCACCGCUGGUCGCCCUCUAUCUACGCCGCCUCGAGCCAGACCCUGAGUGAGAUGGAGGAGGGCGGAGACUCAUCGAGCGCAGCGCGGCAAAGGAAGAAGAAAACCCCACCUCCGCCGAGACCACCCCCCCCGAAGUGGGAGCAGUUCCACCGCCGACGGGCGUCUCACCACGCGCUGCUCGCGUCCUCUGCGUUUGCCGCUCCGCAGCCCAUCCCAUCCUCCUUCGACAGCACAGAGGGACGCUACUCGGUUCACUCGUCCUCCUACGUCCCGCCACCUGAUGAGUCCCGGCAGAGGUCCUACAGCCUGCCCCCGGAGAGGCAAGAAGCAUCAGAGACCUGCUCUCGAUGCAGCUGCAGUCAGACUCAAACUCAGGAGCACGCGUUCUCUCGACCGUCCAGCCAAAGUCCAGCUCCGUUUCAGGAGCACGCCUUCGCUGUUGCCCCGCCCAGCCCGAUGUUCUCCAGGAAGGCCUUCAGGCCUGUGGCGCCACGCCAUGUUGAGAGGGAGGAUGACUUUGUGGCGGAGCCUGUAGUAGCAUCUCUACCUCCACCUCUACCAGCUAAGACCAGAAUGAGAAGUCCAUCAGGGUUGAAUGUGGGCCUCAGUCUAGAUCUCAAACCAUUGCCCAGCACCAGACCUAGAGCCGAGCGGGAGAGACCCCCAUCUUCUGGGGUUCAUAGUCCGUCUCCGGGUUUAGAAGUUGGCAGACCGAGAGAGGAUUAUCCUACAGAAGCAUACUUCAGUCAAGGAGAGCUCGAGCAUCACCAGGCUUUCACAAACAGAGACUUCCAAGUUCAAGGUCAGCAGAAACACGCAGAGUCGGAAAAAACUCUGAGCCCGAGCCCGGUCCACAGCCUGGAGGUUGAGCUGGAGGUUCCCUUAGAGACGGACAUCGACGAUUUCCAGGAGCUGCCGGUGGAGGACAUGGCCAUCACCAGCGAGCUGCCGUGCUUCGCGCAACCCGUCACAGUGCUGGAGACAGACAUCGACACGCUGCCGGAUCCAGAGGCCUCGCCGUCAGCUGAGACUCUCGAUGGGAGCGGCUCGCUGGAUGAGGAGGAAUUGGAGCUUUUCCCUCUGAGUGGCGAAGGAGAGUCUGGGACGGAAAGCUGGAGAGAAGCCAGUCAGUCUGUGGAGCACAACACCAACAGCCUGGACAGGCAGUCCGGGGCCAGCUCCAGCUGUUCGUCCUAUUACCACACGUCUGCAGCCAAGGCUCAGCUCCUGUCGCAGAUGAAGGACUUCACCGACAGCAGAGAGAAGCUCGAGGACGACGAGCUCGCCUACAAGAAGCAGCUGAUGGAGAGCCUGCGUAAGAAGCUGGGAGUGCUGAGGGAGGCUCAGAGGGGACUGCAGGAGGACAUCAGAGCCAACGCACAGCUGGGAGACGAGGUGGAGAACAUGGUAGUGUCCGUGUGUAAACCCAACGAGGUGGACAAAUACCGUAUGUUCAUUGGUGACCUUGACAAGGUGGUGAGCUUAAUGCUGUCUCUGUCUGGGAGGCUGCUCAGAGUGGAAACCACACUGGACACGCUGGACCCUGAGACAGAGCACCAGGACCGGCUCCCCCUGCUGGAAAAGAAACGUCACCUCAUGAGACAGCUGUCGGAGGCUCAGGACUUGAAGGACCACGUCGAUCGCAGAGAGCAGGCCGUCAGCCGGGUUCUGGCCCGCUGCCUCACUCCAGAACAGCACAGAGACUACAGCCACUUUGUGAAGAUGAAGGCUGCCCUGCUGGUGGAGCAGAGACAACUUGAGGACAAGAUUCGGCUGGGAGAGGAGCAACUCAGAGGGCUGAGAGAGAGCCUGGGCCUGGGCCUGGGAAUGGGAAUGGGAAUGGGGAUAUCGAUGGGAUACGGACAUUACUGAGCAAGACAGAAGAAGUGACAUGAAGGAUGAAGCCGUUAACACGUUCAGUUCAAAUCAAGUCCAACACGUGGAAGACAUGUUAUCAAUCGCACAGUUAAGGACAAUAUCUUAAUAGUUGUAUGACGACACUAAAUACGAAGCUGCUGCAGACGGUUACUUAGACAUAAAUAUAGGAAUUAAAACUGCUUUUGAAACUACUAUCUGAUAGUAAGGGUAUUCACACACAACCACUGGCAAAAAGCAGUUUAACAAAGGAUAUUCUGACUCUUAAUUUUAUCCCAAGAAGCACGUGAAGUCAUCCCAGAAUGGUCCUACAAGACAGCUCAACAGGCAAACAUUAAGGCAUGGAAAAACAAAGAUGAAGACAAGACUCUCAGCAUCAUAGCGAAGACGAAAACCAGCUAUAGAUAACACUUAUCUAUAGAUGAUAGAUAAGUGUCCGAAAAGCCUGCUUGUUGCAUAUUUUCAAGGCCACGACAAAGAAAUCAAACACUUUGUGCCUUAGACAUGUACUGUACUAUUAAACUGACACUAUGUAUUUUCUGUUGUUACACACUUUGUUGCCAAAGACAUUUUUGCGAGAUGACUGUGUCAUUCACUUCUGUUUUUUUUUUUAUAUUUAAACCUCCCAGUUCGGAGAACUUGAGGAGUUUUUUUGGUGCUUCUCAUAUCCACACUAAAGCCAAUGUUUCACAGUGCCAUUGUCAGCUUUAUUAACUGCUAAACAUUGAUUCUGCAAGACAUAAAUAUACUUUUAUUGUGUUAUUUUGUGUCACUUUACUGUACUUGUGUGGAGUUUGACACUCCAUGGACUGACUGUCACGUAACGACCUUUAUGUACAGGAGGCACUAGUGUUUAUUAUGUAUAUGGUUUGUAUAUUGUGGUGUUGAUGUUCAAGAACAUUCAUUUUAAAAGAUGGGUGAGAAGACCUGGAAGGGUUGAAGUUUACUGUAUAUGUUUACAAUGAAUGAAUCCGGAGUGGAGUGCGGUUUGUGUUGCAUCAAGUGAAGUUUGCAAAUUUAUUUUCGGCCAUUUUCUAUUCCCAGCUGUCACCUCAGCUGACUUGGAAACUAUGCUAGUUUACCUUCAUAUGGAGAGAAAUCUGUACAGCAGGUAGAUGACUUUUAGUUCCAAAGUGCAAGAAUAAAACCUAACGUUUACCAACAUAUCCACAUUUUUCUAUACCGUUUUUAAGCAAAACGUGUUUUGCAAAAUUAGAUAUACCAUAUUACCAAAAGUGGAAAAACACUUCAGGGACAAAAAUACACACAUCAAUAAACAAAACCAAAAAUUAAAACAUUUUGGAAGUACUAAAUAUUUUUCAAAAUGUUUUUGUUUUAUCCAUGUUUUUUUUUUUUUGUUGCUGUCGUGUGUAUUAUUAUUUUUAAAUUCUGUUUUAGUCUUCUCAGGCUGUACCAUUGUGCCAGGACAGGCUAGCUAGCAGGUUAGCUUAGCAUACAAACUUAAUCUUUGGGGGGAAUUUCUUUUGCUGUCACAAUUUAUUUAUUGUUCCACCAGCAAAACUCAAAAUUAAAGAGGUGCUAGUGUUUUCUUCACGCUCAAAGAAUCAAACAAAAGCAAAGAGAACUACUUAUUACAUCAGCUAGCUUGUUUUGCUAGCUAGUAACUUUUUGUCUCAAUAUUAACAGCUAGUUUUUUAGCUGUGAGUUUAAAAUGUAGGUAGGCAGGUUUUAAGUGUAGCUUUGUCCAUUCCCACUACAUGCUACAAAAUAAGCAAACAAGCACCUAAAAGAGAACCUAUCUCCUGUCACAUUUUUCCCUACAGAGCAAAGAUCUAAAUUGUGCGGUCGCUGUAAGAAUCUUGUUGAAGGUCAAGAAAUCUUUAAUUUUUUAAAAAAAUGUGUAGGAUUUUAUCUUGCUGAACAUUCCUAGUUGGCUGAGUUCUGUUUUAAAAUCAGUCACCUAAAGUACUCUAUAAUCUCGGUCAGUUUAACACGAUAUUUGAAUACAAGACACAGAGAGAGAUGCAGUUUACCAGCCACCUUGUGUUGCUGUUAAUACUUGUUAGGCUGGUCAAUGUCGACCACUUAGUGGGACCUGAUUAUCCGGCGGUUAUUCCCUUAUUUUUUAAUAGUUGUAUGCUACUUUUCUGCCACCUAGUGGGCAAUAGCUGCUAGUGUAGGAUGAAGUCACUGACGAAAUCUUAGAAGAAUGGACAUGCUUAAAGCAGCAGAGUACUGCCUCUGAUAAAAACAAGUUUAAAACAUUUUAAAACAAAAGGAAUUGAAAAGUCAAGUAAAGAAACAUAGCCAUUCGUUAAUUGCUGCUAAAGUCAACCUGCUCCAUUUUGAAGUAGCUUGAAGUCUAUUGAAAGCUGCACGUCAAUAUCAGCAAAGGACUCCUCUUGUUUUUAGUUGUAAGCAACCCUAAGUCUAAGAUUACAUUGUUCGUUGUCGUUACUGUGUAUAUUUCUGAUUGUUUUCCUGUGGUGCAAACAGCAAUUCUCAUUGGAAAAUUCAUUGGAAACAUAUUGAUAUUUUAAGGACAAACAUUGCCUGUUGGACCUGUAAGAGAGUGUGUUUCUUUUGUUUGUUUGUUUUUUUUUUCGGUUAAAUUUUGAUUUAUUAAAGAAAACAUUUUGUUACUGCAAAAACACUUGUGUGAGGAAAUUGUACCAUAAAUAAUAAUGACUU